UGUAAUGUCAGACAGUGGCGCAGUCGGGCUCGGCCAGUCAUUCUGCGAGAGCUGCUCUGCAUCUGAAGGGAAGCUCGCCGUGCCAAAGCAGGCGGAGUCGGAAACGCGAAAGGCCAGCGCUCCUUAUACUCCCUCCCCCGCCGGAGGUGUAAACGAUCGUGGUGGAGCAGCUCAGGGAGCCGCCGUGAUCGACUGCCCCAGAAAAGCGCCGCGUUAUCCGGACAGAGAAUCAGCCGUCAGUCGGUCGUCCCUUUAUUCUUGCAUUUAAGCGGAUCACAUCCAGACCGGAGGAGCCCGCGUGACAUUACACGAGCUCGUGUCUUUCUUCUCAAAUAGAGGACGAAUUCCCCCAGUCGCUCCAGGAAUAUCUCCCUGGAUAUUUACCCGAGAAAUGGACGGUUUCGCCGGUAGUUUAGAUGACAGUAUUUCUGCAGCGAGCACAUCAGACGUGCAGGACCGCCUGUCGUCUCUUGAGCUGCGGGUGCAGCAGCAGGAGGAUGAGCUGACGGUGAUGAAGGCCGCGCUGGCAGACGUGCUCAGACGUCUGGCUCAGUCCGAGGACUCUGCCGCCGCCGCUGCCAAAAAACAGCAAAGCAGCAAAGGUCAGGCCGCUCUGCGUGAGGCUUAUUCAAUGUCCUGCAUUGCCAAUGGCAGUUCCAGUGGCCGCAAAUCUCACAGAGAUACUACCACAGUGUCUGUAGCCAGGAAAGAGACACUCUCCUCCGCCGCCAAGAGUGGUAGUGGUGGAGAGCGGAAAAAAGACAAGCCUCCAAUGGAGGGGAUCAAGGAGAAAGAGGAGCCACCACAGACUAACGAUAAACCCCCCUCAGCGCCCAGCACCCCUCAGGCACCAUCCCCUUCCAAACCCCCCUCCCCUCAUCCCCCACAGCCCCAAAGACAAGCCUCGGAGAACAAGGGGUCGACCCCAGCCAAAAGGGGUAGCAGUGCAAAGCGUGGUGGAGGAAUGGAGCGUUCUCAGAGUAGCACAUGGGACAGUGGAGAGGAGAACAGGAAUAAGCUGGUGAAAGCAGCCUCCACUUCCAAACUGCUGUCCAAAGUGGUGAAGAAUGCAGAGAAACACAGAGAUCCAGUCAUCAGCCAAGCUAAAAUGUCAACCCGUGAAAAAAACAGUCAAGAGGGAGACUAUAUCAAAAUGUUCAUGCGAGGACGACCUAUCACAAUGUUUAUCCCAUCGGACGUGGAGAACUACGACGAGGUCCGCACCGAACUUCCCCCAGAGAGACUCAAACUGGAGUGGGUAUAUGGCUACAGGGGUCGUGACUGCCGUGCAAACGUGUACUUGCUGCCUACCGGGGAGAUCGUAUAUUUCAUCGCCUCGGUGGUUGUGCUUUUCAACUAUGAGGAGAGGACACAGCGUCACUACUUAGGACACACGGACUGUGUCAAAUGUCUUGCUGUUCACCCGGAUAAGAUCCGUAUCGCCACAGGACAGAUAGCAGGAGUGGAUAAGGAUGGCAGGCCGCUCCAGCCGCACGUGAGAGUCUGGGACUCCGUCAGUCUGUCCACGCUGCAGAUCAUCGGCCUCGGCACCUUCGAGAGAGGAGUUGGAUCCCUCGCUUUCUCUAAAGCCGACUCAGGCACUCAUCUCAGCGUGAUUGACGACUCUAAUGAGCAUAUGCUCACUGUGUGGGACUGGCAGAAGAAAUCAAAAAUCGCUGAGAUUAAGACAACCAAUGAAGUGGUCUUAGCGGUGGAGUUUCACCCGACUGACGCCAACACCAUUGUGACUUGUGGGAAAUCCCAUAUCUUCUUCUGGACCUGGAGCGGUUCCUCACUGGCCCGCAAACAAGGCAUCUUUGGUAAAUAUGAGAAGCCCAAAUUUGUGCAGUGCUUGGCUUUCCUCAAUAAUGGAGACAUCCUGACCGGAGACUCAGGAGGAAUCAUGCUGAUAUGGACCCGCAGCACGGCUGAACCAGCACCAGGGAAAGGGCCGAAAGGAGCGUUUCAGAUCGCGCGUCAGAUCAAGGCUCACGACGGCAGCGUCUUCACUCUGUGUCAGAUGAGGAACGGCACUCUGCUCACAGGGGGCGGCAAAGACCACAAGAUCAUUCUGUGGGACCAUGACCUGAAUCCAGAGAGAGACAUAGAGGUCCCAGAUCAGUACGGCACCAUUCGUGCGGUAGCCGAGGGCAAGGGGGAGCAGUUUCUGGUGGGCACUUCACGCAACUUCAUUCUGAGAGGCACCUUCAACGAUGGAUUCCAGGUGGAAGUGCAGGGGCACACGGAUGAGCUGUGGGGUCUGGCCGCCCACCCCUUCAAGGACCUGUUCCUCACCUGUGCUCAGGACAGGCAGGUGUGUCUCUGGAGCUCAGUGGACCACACGCUGGAAUGGACCAGACUGCUGGACGAGCACGGGCACUGCGCAGACUUCCAUCCUAGCGGUUCGGUUGUUGCCAUUGGUACUCACUCAGGGAAGUGGUAUGCUCUGGACGCAGAGACGCGAGACCUGGUGGCCAUUCACACGGACGGCAACGAGCAGCUGUCCGUGAUGCGCUACUCUGUCGAUGGCACGCUGCUGGCAGUGGGAUCACAUGAUAACUUCAUUUACCUCUACACAGUGUCGGAUAAGGGACGCAAAUACAGCAGAUAUGGGAAAUGCACUGGACAUUCCAGCUACAUUACACAUCUUGACUGGUCCCCCGACAACAAGUUCAUCAUGUCCAACUCAGGAGACUAUGAAAUCCUUUACUGGGACAUUCCAAACGGUUGUAAGUUGAUUCGUAACCGUUCUGAGUGCAAGGACAUCGACUGGGCCUCGUAUACCUGUGUGCUAGGAUUCCACGUCUUUGGUGUCUGGCCCGAGGGCUCAGAUGGGACAGAUAUCAACGCCCUGGUGCGAUCUCACAACAGGAAGGUGAUCGCUCUGGCUGAUGACUUCUGUAAAGUGCACCUUUUCCAGUACCCCUGCUCAAGACCAAAGGCCCCAAGCCACAAGUACAGCGCCCACAGCAGUCAUGUGACAAACGUGAGCUUCAUGCACAGCGACAGUCACCUGAUUUCAACGGGCGGCAAGGACACGAGCAUCAUGCAGUGGCGUCUGGUGGAAAAGACCUCUUCCUUGGUGCACAGCGACUCCAGCUUGGGCCUGGGCGAUUCCCUGCUGCACAACUCCACCCCUCGCACCCUGGCGUCGGUACCCAGCGUCCCCCACACUCCUACUGAGCCCUUGCCGGUGCCAGCCUCGCUACCCAUCAGCACCCAGCCUGACACCAACACUCCCCCUCCUACGCCCCCCGAACCCCUGCACACGGCCACUCCUAAUGGACAGCAGGAUGGCUCGGCCGAAACCCCGCCCCCUUCAGAUGAGGCCACACCCCUAUCUGACAGCACCCUGAGCCCCAAGGACAGCCUAGAGCCUAGCGACGAUACAGCAACGCCCAGUGAUGAGGGAAUGCCCUUUAACCCCCCCUUAUAAGGCGGUCCGACGCCUUCUCUCGCCUGCUCGAUAGCCCCGCCAAAGGCACCAGCAUGUCUCUGCAGCCUUCCUGUCGGAUUACAAAAGCAGGGUCUCCUCAGUUUUUAUCCUUUCGAGAUUUUCUUUUCAUUUUGUGUCUUAGUUUGUUGUUACGUUGACGGUUUGUUCAGUAGAUGUGGUCGUGGAGGCAUUGUUUCGACUUGGAUGGUGAGAGAUUUGGAAUGUGUUGUUAAAAAGAUUUAGCGCACCUACAGGUUUACACUGACACACACACUACCACACGAACACUAAUACACACACGCAUACAUCAGUAACUGUGAUACGUUAAUAAAAGAGGGAAAGCGAUUUACCAGUUUUAGAUACAAAAACAAAGUGCACGUUCACAUACACAGACCAGCACACAAAUGCAACAUAAAAAUGGACACGUUUUCAAUUUAUUGGCAUAUGCAUCAAUACUCUUACUGAUUAAGGAUGAACCUUUUCCUCACUUAAAGAGAUGGUUCACUCAAAGAUGAACGAAAAUGUCUUUAUUCACUCAUCCUCAUAUUGUUCCAAACCCGUAUGACGUUGUUUGGAAGACGAAGAUGUUUGGAAGACGUUUUAAAGACGUUUAGAAGACGUUUCGACUGUUUGUUUGUUUUUUAUCCAUACAAUGAUAGUCACGGUCCAAAACAACAAUGGACCCCCUUGACUUUCAUUCUUCACAAUGUCUUCUUUUGUAUUCUGCAGAAGGCAAUUCAUACAGGUUUGGAAUGACAUGAGAAUGAUGUUCAUUUUCAGAUGAACUAACCAUUUUAACGAGCAAAGCUUAAAAGUCACAUUUGUGUUCUCUCGCUCUUUGUGAACAUUGGUGGUGGACUGCACGUGAAGCUGAUUUGCAUGCUUGCAUAGCAUCUGUCCCUGAGCCAAAAACUACAGGACAUGUAUAUCUGGUGACGCCAGGCAGGUGCCCCUGGCUCACUGGUCAGACUCAAGGACCUCAACGAUUCAGGCUGCUUCUGCUGGUCUCCAUGCUCAAGGACACCUUGAAUUUCAACUCGCCUCUUUCACAGAAGAAUAGCCAUAAACAGCAGCACACUUCAUUCAAAACAAACACAACUAACACACACUCACACACACACACACACACAAGCCUGACCUGCCUCAAAAUGGGGUCUGCAUGGCGAUAACCUGCCCGUUUUAUAACCCCCCCCCCCAGUUUCAGUCUCACCCGCCUGUCUAAAGAUGCCGUACCACCCUCACAUCUGCCUCAGUUUUCUCGGUCAGACUGGAGAUCUCCUCUGUGUAUUCAUACCAUCCGUUUUAAUCCGUGAUCUAAAUGACUCUGGAUUGUUUUUAGGUUUCAUUCUGGGACUGUUUUUCUUGUCAUUUUGUUCAUUGGACUGAGAUGUUCUUGUUUUUUAUCGUAUGAGAGAAACGAAAGAUUAAACGAGUCUUAAAUGUG